AUGGCUGCCGUGCGCCGCCCGUCGGCCGGGCCUCUGCUGCUGCGCGCCGCGCUCUGCCUGCUGUGCUGCGGCCCCGCGGCCGUGCGCGCCGUCCCUGAGCCCGGGCGCUGGGCAGCGACGAUCAGCGACAAAUCAGGACCUUUGAUAUUUAGAAAAAUUAUGUUUAAUUCCACUGACAUCAAGUUUUCUGUUAAAUCAUUCUAUUGUCAAGAGCCUGUGAAGUUUACCAUAGAGUGGUAUUUGAAGCAUUACACUUGUCAAAAUGAAUAUGAUAAUCUGGAUGAGCAGUUAUCAAAGUCUGAAAGUGCUGGCAGAGACUAUUGUGUUAAUUAUUUGAAGAACAGCGAAUGUUGGACAACAAAAAAUGAAAACAUAGAUUGCAACAGUGACUUACAGGUGUUUCCCUCAUUAUAUAAUAAAGAACUAAUUUCAAAUAUUGGAAAUGUUUCAAACCAGGAAGAACAAAUGGAUGUUGUUGCAAGAACACAUAAAGAUGGGUUUCACACCCUUAUUGUUUCUAUUAAAACGGAAAAAAUCAAUGCAAAAUGGAAUUUGAAUGUUUCUCUUUCUAUGAUGGGGCCGAAAGGAUAUCUCUCUGCAUCAGAUUGGCCUCUCAUGAUUUUUUACAUGGUGAUGUGCAUUGUCUACAUUUUAUAUGGCUUGCUCUGGCUGAUAUGGUCUGCUUGUUAUUGGAAAGAUAUAUUAAGAAUUCAGUUCUGGAUUGCAGCUGUCAUAUUCCUGGGGAUGCUUGAAAAAGCACUUUUUUAUGCUGAAUACCAAAACAUCAACAGCACUGGGCUAUCAACCCAAGGUUUGCUGAUAUUUGCGGAGUUGAUAUCUGCCAUCAAGAGGACACUGGCCCGCCUCCUGGUGAUCAUCAUGAGCUUGGGAUACGGCAUCGUGAAGCCUCGCUUAGGGACAGUCAUGCACCGGGUGAUCGGACUGGGGCUCCUCUACUUCAUCUUUGCAGCAGUCGAAGGCGUGCUGAGAGUUGUUGGGGCCAAUGACUCUGAUCUUGUGCUUCUGGCCAGCCUCCCUCUGUCUCUUCUUGACUCUGGCUUGUGCUGGUGGAUAUCCUUUCCUGCGGGUCCCACGGCUGCCCCUCCGGAUGGUGCACCGUCCACUGUCCUAACCCUUGUUAUAAUGUGA